AGUGGCCGAGGCUGGCGAUCGCAGGCAGCGGCGGCAGCGGCAAGCCCCCACCGGACGGAUGAAUUAGAAAACCUGCUGUAAACCACCACCACCACCACCACCAGCCCCUUUUCUUUAAUUCAUUGUCUGUAUUGAAGAGUCGGGCUGUAAACACUGCUGCCCUCCUCUUGACACUGUGAGGCGGAUACAAGUCAGUGCUAAUUAUUCUGUGAAGCGAGUCCCCAGCGCAUCUCAGAUAACACAGCACUGCGGCUGCCCUGCUGCACGGCGGACCAACUGCAAGAGCUAUAAUAGGAAGGAAGAUUCACCAUGGGGAUCAAGGCUGCCCUCCCCAGAUAUGAGCUGUAUCUCUACACAGCUGUACUCGCUUUGGCCUUGAUAUGGGCAGGCAGUUGGAUUUUUGAAGCUUCAAGUGACAAUGUAAAUAGAAAGGCCUUCAAAGAAAGUGUGAAACCAGGAUGGCAUUACUUUGGCAGGAAAAUGGAUGUUGCAGACUUUGAAUGGAUGAUGUGGUUCUCUACAUUCCGCAAUCAUAUCCUUUUUGCUCUCACCGGUCAUGUGAUCUUUGCCAAGAUAUUCACCCUGAUAGCUCCAAAGAUUGGUGUAGAUGGAUGUAAGCACAGAUCCUUGAUCUUUGGUGUGUACGGUGGUUUGGCAGUCCUGGUCACAAUGGGCUGGACCUUCAUGGCUCUGGUUCUGUCUCACUGCAUCAUACUCUACAGUGUUGCUCUGGCCAAGAGGAAAUGGAUGUGCUUUGCCGCUGGCCUGACCACACUGGCCUCCAUCAAGCUGGAACCCUAUAACUCCUGGCAGGAAGCCUUGGUGACUGGCUCCUUCGACCUGCAAGACAUCCUGUUCUAUGGAGGCUGUGGCUUCAGCAUCAUGCGCUGCAUGAGCUUUGCUUUAGAGAACUGUGAAAAGAAGGACGGCAACCACACAUUCACUGACCUGCUGAAAUACAACUUCUACCUCCCCUUCUUCUUCUUUGGACCUAUCAUGACGUUCGACAGGUAUCAUGCCCAGGCGAACAACACCCAACUGACCCGCAAAGACAGGGAGAUGUGGAACAUCACCACCAAGGCUUUGUUGCACCUGGGAGUUAUUCUGGUGGUGGACGUGUUCUUCCACUAUCUUUACAUCUUGACAAUCCCCAGUGACAUGAAGCUGGUCACCAAGCUGUCUGACUGGUGUCUGGCUGGCCUGGCUUAUUCCAACCUGGUGUAUGACUGGGUGAAAGCAGCUGUGAUGUUUGGUUUCAUCAACACAGUGGCGACACUGGACCACCUGGACCCUCCUCAGCCCCCCAAGUGUAUCACCAUGCUCUAUGUCUUCGCUGAGACGCACUUUGACAGAGGCAUCAAUGACUGGCUGUGCAAGUAUGUUUAUGACUAUAUUGGUGGGGAUCAUGAUAAAAUCUUCAAAGAGUUCUUAGCAACCAUCUGCACCUUCACUAUCACCACCUUGUGGCUGGGCCCAUGUGAACUGGUUUACGUCUGGUCCUUUUUCAACUGCUUUGGGCUCAACUUUGAGCUGUGGGUGGCCAAGUUCUUCUCCCUUCCACCAUUUUCCACCAUUGAGGGUGCUAUGGGUGAAGCUAUGUCACGCAGGAUCCGUGGUGUUUUCAAUGCCGCCAACUUCUGGGCCAUCAUCCUCUACAACGUUCUCUCCCUCAACAGUUUGGAGUUUGCCAAAAUGGUUGGCAGGAGACUGAUUUUCAAAGGUUUUCCUCUGUCCACCCUCUCAGUGUUACUUGUGACCUACUGUGGCGUGCAGCUGGUGAAGGAAAGGGAGCGGCAACAAGCCCUGCUGGAUGAUCUGGUGCCGGUAAAGCCGGUCGAUGGCGGCAAAGAAAAAAAAGAAUAAACAGACAGAAAAACACAGAGUUUCACAGACUUCAUGGUCAACAGCCCUCUCACAUUGUUCCAUCCUUGGCCUUGCGAACUGUAACUGAAACAGACUGUAACAGCGAGUCAGCACCUACAUUGUUCAGAAGCCUGUGUUUUUUGCUUUUGUUUGUCAGAAGCGAGCCAAUGUUUUGAACUGUGAAAUAUCCACAAGUGCACUUGCUGUAGAUAAUCGCCACGUCCUCUGGCACAAACCCACCGAUGGUGCAUUUUUUAUUUUUAUUUUAUCCAAACAAAAGAUUGUUUAGCAAGUUAUAGGCCUGCGAAAUAUUUUAUGAAGCAAAAUGUAAUAUACAAGGACAUACAGUAUUGUAAAGGAACAACUACUGUGUUCUGUGGGGUUGUUUCCUGUGUUCAUUUUUGCUUUUCCUCAAAUUUGGACAUUCUUCCUUUUUUUUUUUAAAUUAUCGUCAACAUGAUUAUUUUUAGUCAGAUGGUGUUUCAAUUUUGCUUUGGAUGCCUUAGAUCCUAAUCAUCAUAAUAUUUAAUCAUUCUGAAAGGGUUAAAAACUUGAAAAAACUUGAAAUCAGGGUGCCACGAAUGGAGUGCAAUGAAGACAAUAAACAAAGGUUGCUGUGGAAGAUCCUCCACGCCGCUUGCAGUUGAUUCUAAAGUACCUUUGCUCUACUGUCACUAAGCAAAAAUACAAGUCACAAUGUAUAAGAUAAUCUAUUCUGACGUUGAUUGAGAAUCUAUUCAGUCUCUCAAAAUGGUGAAAAAUUGAAUGUAGUUCAACAGUCCAGAGAACAACAGCUUCCUCCCCUACCAUACCAUCUACAGGAGCUUACUGUAGUUGUGCCAUUUCAGGAUAUCUUUCUCCUCCCUCUUACCAGGUGAUCCAGGUCCUCAGUUCACUAUGAAAGGCAACAGGCCCAGCGGGGAAUAUGGGUCAGUCUUAUCCUGCCUGUCACCAAAAGCUGCUGUGUGUCUUCAGUGCAGCGCGUAGUGGGAAAUAAAAUCUUGCAGACUGUAACUCCUUUUCUCAUUAUAGGGUAUUUAUUCAAAAGUGUUUCAUUCAAAAAUUUGACUUGAAAUAAAGUUUUGUCGAGGAAAUUAAAAUGCUUGUAUUGCUACUUGCUUGGAUGUCUGAGCAUGGUCUACAUUAAAACCUUUAACAAUUUCAUUUUGUUUAAAUAGAUAGAGAUGGAGGUUAUCAUGACUGUGUUGAUAUGUUUUAUAGUGAGACAUUGUCAUCUAUCAUCACAAGAUGGCCUAGUUUGACCAAAGCUGAUCAGUCACGGCUGUCAAUACCCACGUGAUUACAUUAUGAUGAUAUAAAAAAAAGCAUUAAAGGCCCAAUGACCUAUGGUCCACCUAAACAGGUGUUUUCAUUCUCCAAAUA